AUGAAAUCCAUCAUUGCAGGCGUAGCAGCUCUGCUCUUCCUCACCAGCACUGUCGCUGCCCAGAACUACACCCAGUCUAAGCCUUUCAACUUGAUACUCAGGAGCUCCAACAGCACCCUCAAUGGCAAAGGUCUCACCCCUUGCCACGAAGGCGCCGCGAUUGAAGGCCUCUGUGUCAGCAAUGCACCAGGCCAAGCAUACCAGUGGAACACGACCGAUGGCCAGGUUGUUAGCAACAAGAAUCUGGGCAAGUCGGGAAUCCUGACCUUUGAGCUCAAGGGCGGCAACUUCGUCGCAUCCCAGCCCAUGCACCUAGUCUUCAACGCCGCAACCAACAUCGCCCACGCACAAUUCGCUCCUGUGGCUCCAUCUGAGGCCGCUCAAGUCGGAUUUGACAGGAAGCACAAGAUGUUCAUUCCUGCGUACUACGACGACACUGUCGUACCCGCCAAGGUGAACAAAGAGUUCGGGCUGUACCACUGGUACAUUUGCCAGUACAACUAUUCUGGUUACAACUAUUCCUCGCUGAAUUUCGUGGUUGGCAACGCGCAGCCGCAGAACCCUACUUGCCAAAAGGUCGAUGUCGUACGAACUGCGAUCAGGACUGGCUACUACAAGGCGUAAG